UUGAUUAUGCUGCUUUUAUGUAAGGUUUCCGUCAACUGCCAUCUUUUAAUUUGUUCGUCCUGAACAUUGUUUCGUUAAUGUUUUAAUUGGUUUCCGCUUGUGGUGGUCGGAGACUCCUGAAUGUUCGAAAAGGCGCAUUUCUGCUGCUGAGAGUCCGCCUUUCUCCAUCAAAAUCUUCCCCAACUCCAUCCAGAGGGUCCACGUUGCGCGGCGUGAGGCUGAGGGAGAGCUGAAAGCAGAGGGUAUCUCAUCCCCCUCGCACUGACAGGUCAGAUGACAAUUAUUGAUGCAAACAAACGCAAGCAGAUGCCGCCUUUGCUGCGGGCGGCCGGGAUCAUGCUCCGGCCGGGCCGUGAGGAGACAUCUAGGAAACAGCGUCCCACAGUGUUGUCCCGGCCAGUAACCAGAUGCUGCUCGACCUGCUGAUUUAGGCCAUUCAGCCCAUCGAGUCUGCACUGCCAUUCAAUCAUGGCUGAUAGAAUUUCCUUCCUAACCCCACUUUCUUGCCUUCUCCCUACAAUAUUUGACACCCUGAUUAAUCAAUAACCCAUCAACCUCCACUUUAAAUAUAGCCAAUAUUUUGGCCUGCACAGCUGUCUGUGACAAUGAAUUCCAUAGAUUCUGGCUAAAGGAAUUCCUCCUCAAUUCUAAAGGGAUGUCCUUGUAUUCUGAGGCUGUGCCUCCAGUCUUAAACUUUCUUACUACUGGAAACAUCCUCUUCACAUCCACUCUAUCUAGGCCUUUCUAUAAUUGAUAGGCUUCAAUGAGAUCCACCUCUCCCACUCCUCAUUCUUCUAAACUCUAGUGAGGAGGCCAAGGAACAUCGAACACUCCUCAUAUGUGAAUCCUUUAAUACUCUUUAUCAUCCUCGUGAUCCUCUCCAAUAUCAGCACAUGGUUCAAUGUAAGAAAUUGUUGUUCCCAGCCCCACUGACCCCGCAGGAAGUACAGAUGCAUGCAAGCAUACAGUACACAUAUAGAGCUCCUUCGCAUCAAUGUGACUGUCAGCAGAAUGACAUUGUGUUCCACAUGUACUAACCUGACCACAGUUGCUGCACAAAGAUAGCAGCCCCUAACCUCACUCCCAUAUGCUACCUGCUCUGUGAACACACUGUAAAAAGUUGUCAUUUAAAAAAUUUCAGCUGAUGGGGAUGAUGUGAGUGGAAUGGACGAUGACUGCAAAAAAUGGGCACAAGUUUUAUGGAACUACCUUAAAUUGGACCAACCUCUUGUGAAGAGUGAUGUAAUUAUAGGUUUGGGCUGCCACGAUAUUCGCGUGGCUGAAAGAGCAGCAAAACUUUAUCUGCAAGAUUGGGCUCCACUGAUACUAUUCACAGGUUAUCUGGGAAACCAUACAGUAGGAGUAUGGCACCAGCCGGAGGCUGACAUUUUUAGCGAAACCGCAGUUAAAUUGGGAGUUCCCAUUGACCGGAUUCUACUGGAAAGGAAGGCCACCAAUACAGGCGAGAAUAUACGAUUCGCAUAUCAAACUCUGAAGGAAAAGGAUAUCCCGGUAAAGAGAAUUAUCCUCGUCCAACAACCAUUUAUGGAACGCCGUGUCUAUGCAACCUACCUUCAACAGUGGCCAGAAGACAAAGAGAAUGUGCAAGCCAUUGUCACAUCUCCAACCAUGGAACUUGAUGAAUACCCAAACAAGCAUGUGGGUAAUAUGGACAACUUAAUUGAGUACAUGUUGGCUGUUUUUGAACGCAUUCGAGAUUACCCAAAGCGGGGUUUUCAGGUGGAGCAGGAAAUUUUUCCAGAGGUUCGUGAAGCACAGCGGAAUCUCUUACAAGCUGGUUACCGACCAAAAUAAAAUACAUCAUGAUGAAACAUUGUAUCAUUUAAACUUUUAAAUCAAAAGGACAUUAUAAACUUCCUCCAGUAGAUUUUCGUUAAAAUUAAUUUUUUUAUUGAAAUCGUACUUUUCCGGACUGAGUAAAGCUCCCAGAACUAUUUAACGAAAUUUGUCAAGUUUUCUUUCUGAGUUUGACAUCAUACAAGUGGAUUUGCAAAAGCUGUGUAUUUAAAGAAAUUGUAAAUAUAAAGAUUGUAUUUGGUGAAACUGCAGAGAGGAGUAAUAACUAAAGCAAUAUGCUGUUAAUAGUCCUGAAGAAGGGUCUCAGCUUGAAACAUUGACUAUUUAUUCAUUGUCAUAGAUGCUGCCUUAUCUGUUGAGUUUCUCCAGCAUUUUUUGUCUUGCAGAAUUUAUUGCGUUUACUGUAACUUAUAUUUUGCAAGAGCACCGCUGUCUGUAAGGAGUUUGUAUGUUCUGACCGUAACUGCAAGGGGUUCCUCCCACAUCCCAAAGAUGUACUGGUUUGGAUUAGUAGGUUAACAGGUCAGGUGGGUUGAUCUGGCUGGUAUGAGCUCAUUGGGCUGGAAGGGUUUAUCACAUACUGUAUCUCUAAACAAAUUAAACAAAACCCAGUCGAUUUAGGAAGUACAGAAUACAAAGACAUCCUGUUCAUCUCAUAACACUAAGGAAUCCACUAUUCACCAAUACAAUUGCUUGACAUUUCAAACUGAAAUGCUGUCCAGUUCAUUUGAUACCACAAGUAAUAAUUAAGUACUCUUUGGAGUCUUAGAAAAAUACAGAAACAGGCUCUUUGGCCCAUCAAGUCCAUGCUGAACCAUUUAAACUGCCUACUCCCAUCAACCUGCACUGGGACCUUAGCCUUCCAUUGCCCUAUCAUCCAUGUACCUGUCCAAACUUUCCUUAAAUGUUGAAAUUGAGCUUGCGUGCACCACUUGCACUGGCAGCUUGUUCCAGUCUCAGGACCCUCUGAGUGAAGAAGUUUCCCCUCAUGUUCCCCUGAAAUUUUUUACCUUUCACCCUUAACCCCUGACCCCUGGUUGAAGUCCCACCUGACCUCAGUGGAAGAAGUCUGCUUGCACUUACCCUCUCUAUAUCCCUCAUAAUUUUGAAUACCUCCAUCAAAUCCCCUCAAUCUUCUACGUUCUAAUGAAUAAAAUCCUUUGUAAUACUCAAAUGAACAAAUCAAAGCUCACACAAUUAAAUAA